AUGAAUUUCAUUCUUCCAGAUACCGAUUAUCCCAUCCCAGACAUGGUGAGACAUGCAUCGAUAUGCAUGCAAAGCAAAAUGCCUCAGUCUGCAUGGGCUUAUAUUGAUGAAUGGACAAGCAUAUCAAUGAUGAUGGACGGAUUAGCGGACGAAUUGACACGCUACGGUGGACGAGUGGAUGGACGGAUGGAUGGAUGGAUAUCUUUAUAA